CAUCGACAAACGUCGUUGUGAGCGGGGGUUGUCAAUAGAAUAUCCUCACGAGUGUCACUUUCCAAUUGCCAACAUGCCAGGAACCACCACCAAGAAGCCCGUGAGCCCGUCGAAAAAGACAGCCACGAGUCCCAAGGCUGCCAGCCCCAGCAAGAAACCUGCCAGCCCAAACAAAAAAAGCGCAGCCAGUCCUAAAGGCGCUGCCCCCGCCAAGCGCGCGGCGGCCACAAGUCCUCACAAGGGUGACAGCAGCCCCAAGAAGAAGAUGAAGUUGGUCGGGUACGAGAACUUUGUGCGGCACAACCCCAAGACGGACCGCUUCACCAUGCACAAGUUCCACCACAUCGAGUUUUACACGCAAGAUGCGACCAACGUAUCCAAGCGAUUUGGGUGGGCGGCGGGUUUGAAGCUGGUUGCCAAGUCGGACCAGAGCACGGGCAACCACGCGUACGCGAGUUACGUCCUCCAGUCGGGUGACCUCAAGAUCGCCAUCACGGCGCCGUACUCGCGCAAGAACCAGAAGGACGGCGGCCACGUCCCUCCCCACCCCGGCUUCAACGUCGACUACGCCCAUGAAUUCUGCAACAAGCACGGGUUGGCGGUGCGCGCCAUGGCCAUCUCCGUGGACGAUGCGGCGCUGGCGUACGAACUCUCAACCAAGCACGGCGCAGUGGGGGUGUGCCCCCCCAAGACGAUCAAGGACGCCGCGACCCACACGACCCAAGUCAUUUCGAGCGUCAAGUUGUACGGAGACGUCGUGUUGCGCUUCGUGUCGGGCGACUACAAGGGCCGGUUCCAGCCCGGCUACCACGACGUUGAAGGGCCGGACGUGGGCAUCGGCCUCGACCGACUGGACCAUGCGGUGGGGAACGUGCCUAACUUGAUUGAGGCUGUGCAGUACGCUUGCGGGUUCACGGGGUGGCACGAGUACGCCGAGUUUACGGCAGAAGAUGUCGGCACGGUCGACUCGGGACUUAACUCGAUGGUGCUGGCCAACAACAAUGAAAUGAUCUUGUUGCCUAUGAAUGAGCCUACGUUUGGCACCAAGCGCAAGUCGCAGAUCCAGACGUUCUUGGAGCAAAACGAAGGCGCGGGGCUCCAGCACAUGGCGCUCAAGACCAACGACAUCUUCCACACGCUGGCCGAGAUGCGCAAGCGUACGCACUUGGGCGGGUUUGACUUUAUGCCCAAGCCGUCCGCCGCGUACUACAAGAACCUCCCGGCGAAGAUUGGCGACGUGUUCACGGCGGCGCAGUACGAGAAGAUCGAGCAGCUCGGUCUAUUGGUUGACAAGGACGACCAAGGCAUUUUGCUGCAGAUCUUCACCAAGCCAUUGGGCGACCGCCCCACGUGCUUUUUUGAAAUCAUCGAACGAGUCGGAUGCAUGGAAGAGAUCGGCGGGCGCUUGGAACAAGCCGCGGGCUGCGGCGGGUUUGGCAAGGGCAACUUCUCGGAACUGUUCAAGUCCAUUGAAGACUACGAGCGUAGCUUGGACGUGUGAUUUGAUCAACCAACAACGAAAUACAUAAAUGAUUUUUCACUGC